AUGCUCCUUUGUGAAUUAAUUUUCUCUUUGCUUCAAGUUAGAAUCUGUUCGUGCGAACCUUUAAUACUAAAAUGUGGAUAUGCCCGGGGCAAAGGCGGAGGUUGUCGAAAAAAAGGACAACUGACAUUACCUCAUGAUUUGAAAUUAUCUGAAAUACGCGACGAACCUCAAAUUCAUGGGUCUUUAUUUAUUGACCCUGACGAUGGAGAAAAGUCUCAAUCUAUUGACGACGUUUGUAACGUUUUAAAUGAUCAACGCCCGUCAGUAGCUGACCUGCACAAAUUUGCAAAGAAAGAAAGGGAAAAAUUGAAACUGAAAAUCUUGAAGCAAAAAUACUUCAAAGAUCCACAAGAAAUUAAUUUGUUAACAUGGGAGACUAAACAGCAAAUUUGUUUUCUUAAUCGAGAAUUUCCUGAAGACUGGACCGUUGACAGAUUGGUUCAAAGUUUCCCACUCAAAACAAGGUCUAUUUCUUCCCCAUUUCUUUAA